UUGGCCUUAUUCAAGAAAAUGACUAAGCCAAAACUCAAAACAUUCAUUUCGAUCUUCCUAACGUUGUUUCUUGUCCAUGGACGAUGCUGCAAUUGCAAGGUAGUUCAGUUCAUUUUCGGCGACUCCCUCUCCGACGUCGGCAACAACAACUAUCUCUCCAAAAGCCUCGCCCGGGCCAGCCUACCGUGGUACGGCAUAGAUUUCGGCGAUGGAUAGCCUAAUGGAAGAUUCUCGAAUGGCCGAACUGUCGCUGAUAUAAUUGGUAAAUCAUAUUUUCUCAGAAUGUAGUACAUUUUAUAGAAUUACAUACGUACUUAAUUAAUACAUGUUUGUUUCGUGAAUUUCCCAUGUGAUAAGAUGGGGUUGCCUAGGCCUCCUGCUUUCCUAGACUCAAAUCUUAACGAAGAUACCAUACUCGUGAAUGGGGUAAACUACGCUUCCGGAGGUGGUGGCAUACUUAAUGAGACCGGAUCAUACUUUGUUCAAAGAUUCGGAUUGUACAAGCAAAUAGAGCUGUUUCAAGGGACUCAGGAUUUGAUAAUUGGCAAAGUGGGUGAGACCGAGGCCGAAAAAUUCUUCCAAGAAGCGCGAUAUGUGGUUGCCCUUGGCAGCAACGACUUCAUCAACAACUACUUAAUGCCCGUCUACAAGGACUCGUGGAGCUACAACGAUGAUACCUUCAUUCAGUAUCUCACUGAGACACUGGAAAACCAAUUAAAUUUGCUACACUCCUUGGGAGCGCGAAACAUGAUGGUGUUCGGGUUGGGCCCGAUGGGGUGCAUCCCGCUUCAGAGAGUGCUAAGCACGACGGGCGGAUGCCAGGACAAGACAAACAAACUAGGCCUAGGCUUCAAUGAGGCAACUAGCAAGCUAGUGACCAAAUUGUCAACCACAUUGCCUAAUGCAACCAUUAGGUUUGGGGAUGCAUACGACGUCGUCAACGAUCUCAUCUCCAAUCCCGGCAAAUACGGAUUUAGCAACUCGGACUCGCCGUGCUGCUCGUUCGGGAAGAUCCGGCCAGCGCUAACGUGCGUUCCAGCGUCGACGCUGUGCAAGGAGAGGAGCAAGUACGUGUUUUGGGAUGAAUAUCAUCCAUCAGAUAGUGCUAAUGAGCUCAUUGCUAUAGAGAUGAUUAAGAAACUAGGAUUUAAGCCUAUAAAUGGCACCAAUUCGCCUUCCCCUACGCCUGCUCUGCCUCCAUCUGCCGAUGGAGAUUAGAUUUUUGUUACUUCUCUGUCAAAUUUGAGGCUGUGAUGUACAUUUUUCUUCCUAUGAAACUAUGUUUUGUUCAUACACUCCCUAUAUUUGUUGCU